AUGCCACCAGCUUAUAACGAAACGGCGAACCUUAUCAAAUCUAUCUACACAACAAGCACAUACGGGCAACCAAACAUCACAACCUACGAAUCCAAUGGCACAUCGGGAACAGACCAUGAAGCAGCAGAACCCCCUAGUGAGAGCACCGUUCACACAACCUCAGAGAUGACCAGACUCGCGCUCAUCUUGGUCUUGAUUAUCGCAUUCUUAGCAUUCAUCUGGUAUCGUUAUAACAAGACAUGGACCGCGGCGUACAGAAAGUAUAAGAAAGCCAUGCAAGCAAAGGAAGCUGUAGACUUGGAGAGAGCAAAGGAAGAAUAUAAUACGGAUACUCUUCCAAGCAAAGAUUCUGCUCCAGUCAUAAGUGUUAGUGUCUCGGUAUCAACUUUUGAUACCUCUGUUUAA